UAAAUACAUGACAUAAUUUUCGUGGCGUUGUCUUGUAACUCCGUCAGCGGUUUCUCCCAUAAGGGUUUAUUUCACGUGCGAAUGUCCGUGCGACUCAGGAAAAUGGGGAAAGAACGGAAGAAAAAAGCGAAGAAAAACUCGACAACAGCUAAAAAGAAAGGACUUUCCUCUGAACCUAAAGACAAAGUUGUAGCAGAUGUAAAUCAAUCUGAAAAUGAUUGCAAAACUGUUGACACUGUGAAGAAGAAGACCAAAGGGAAGAUCAAGUACAACGUUGCAGAUUUGCUAAAACAGGUAGAUGAAUGUUUGGAUAAUUUCAAUUUUGAACUGGCCAUAAAGUUCUGUGAAAGAGCACUAGAUAUGGAGCCUGAAAAUGUGGAAGUACUGGAAAUGGCAGGAGCAGUAUUCCUUGAAACAGGAGAUGUAGACAAAGCAAAAUCAGUAUCCUUUAAGUUUGACAUGUCGUAUAUUAUUACACAGAUUUUAUUUGUUGUUACUUGCUUCUCUUCUGUUUCUAUCUAGUAAAAAUUCUUACUAACAAGUUAAGUUCUUUACUCAGUCUUUCAGUGCAGGCCAAACUUAGAAAACAUGGCCAGUCGUACUGGAUAGGGUGCUGGUUACCACCCAC